AUGUCGACACUCUUUGGCGGCAGCCAACCCCAGGCAAACACCUCGUUGUUCGGCGGUGCAAACAAACCAAGUCCAUUUGGUGCCCCGGCAGCUACGGGCUCGACCGGCGGGUCUCUGUUCGGCGGAACGCAGAACCAAGCAUCGACAGGCACUGGAGCGUUCGGCGCAGGUGCCACUCAACAGCCAUCUACAUCUCUUUUCGGUGGUGCGAACAAACCAUCUGCUUUCGGACAGCAACCCCAACAGCAACCGUCGACUGCCCCUACUGGUGGGCUGUUUGGAGGUCAGCAGCAGCAGGCGCAACAGCAGGCGCAGCAACCAGCGCAGCAACCACAGCAAUCGCAAUUCGGUCAGACUACCAUGGCAACACCACAAACUCAGCAGCAACAACCCUCUCUUUCUUCUAGCCUUUGGUCUCCCGGCCGUGCGAUAACCGGAGUACACCGAACUGUUCCUAUGCAAGUCGCUAUCAUUAAGGAUAAAUGGGACCCUCCGAGCUCGACUUCACCGUUCCGAGCUUAUCUGUAUAACAAUGUCGGGGAGGAGGCCGCGCCUUUCUACCAGCCUGGUCCUGAGGAUGAUGAAUCUAAAUGGGAGGAAGCCCUGCGCAAGAGACCGGGCCCAGGAUAUGUCCCCGUGCUUGUCAAAGGUUUCUGGGAUCUUGGAAAGCGCGCUCAACGACAACGGGAUUUCCUCACUAUGAUGCAGUCUCGCCUGCAUGAGAUCAACAACUGCCUGACGGGACUUCUUUCGAAGCACGACCUCAACAUUUCUGUCAAGAUCGCCGAUUGUCGCCGGAAGCACAUCAUCCUGAGCAAGCGGUGCCUUGCUCUUGCCGCCAAAACCCAGAUCCUUCGCAACCGAGGCUAUGCUAUGGAUGAAGCAGAGGAGGAGUUGAAGAAGAAGUUGUUUGACCUAGAACGCCAUGUGUUUGACCCGUCUCUCAACGGUCGCGCCGAAGAAAUUUGGGCUCGUAUGUUGGCUAUCCACGAGCACUCCAAGCGCCUUCAGGUCGAGCUGGAUCGCGCUGGUGUGAACGUGACGCAGGCAGAAGACGAUAUUGACGAGAAUACCCUGAAGACAGCAAAGAAGAUUCUAGACGAUUACCACUCUCAGAUCCAGCAUCUCCAGAAAGAAAUGGAAUCCAUCAAAAGCGACUUUGAGGAGACAGAGAAGGCCUUUGGACACUAA